GAGUUAGAUGAUGUGACAGUGUUUCUGUGCAGGCCGACGGUUCAGCACAGAAAGUAGGUGAAAAGUUUCACUGCCGACUUCAUCAGACUGUGUCAGAGGCGAACUCUCAGACUGAGGUUCAAACUGUGACUCUUUGCCGCCGGGACUCAGGUUGGGACCAUGGUGCUGAAACAGGGUCAUUCGCGAAUUAAACUCUUUGUUUUGCACCACCCGGAGAGGUGGGCUUACCUCUGUUUUAACCGGGACAGAGUCAGCAUUCCCCCGACCAUGUCGACUCUGACAGCCGUCAACACAUCUCCGUGUAUCCGGUGUAUCAGCAGCUCUGAGAAGCCGUGUGGAGGGAGACGAGCAGCCGGACAGGGCUCUGUCAGAGAGCUGAGCACCUCCACCACAGUCUUCCAGUACGAUCUGAAACCAGAAGUGCCAAAGUCUGGAGGCAGGAAGCUGUUCUUUGAUACACAUGCGGUGGUUCGACUCCUGGAGGAAAAUGGUUUCACAACUCCGCAGGCUGAGGUGAUGGUUAACGUCCUGGUGAGGAUGACUAACUCUAACAUGGAUGUCAUCUAUGAUGACAUGGUCACCAAAGUGCAGCAGGAGAUAAUGCUGCAGCGUGUGAUGUCUCAGAUAGCAGCUGUGAAGAAGGACAUGAUCAUCCUCGAGAAGAGCGAGUUCUCCACUUUGCUGGCAGAGAAUGAGAAACUGAAGAUCCAGUUAUUGCAGGUCAAGGUCCAACUGGCUGAUGUGAUGAAUAAAGUUCGCUCAGACAAUAUUUUGGACAUGAAUCUGGAGAAAAGCCGUGUAAAGGAGUUGAAAGCAGAGCAUGAGAAGAAGCUUCUGGAGACACGAACUGAAAUUAUGGAAAUGACUGCAGAGCAAGAUCGUCAUUUGACUCAGACCAACAUGAAAAUAGACACUGAAGUUGCUGGUUUGAAAACCAUGUUAGAGUCUCAUAAACUGGACACUAUAAAAUACCUUGCAGGUUCAGUGUUCACCUGUCUCACUGUGGUCUUGGGUUUCUAUCGUAUUUGGAUGUGAACGGUCACACGUGCUCAACGUUUUUUGAGUGUGAGAUGGAAAUCCAGUAUUCAUGUCAGAUGAUGAGUGGACCCAUCACCAGGCCCUGCGGUAGACGCCAGGCUGUGCCGACAGAGGAGACCAGACCGUUCUCCAGCCCUGACCUCACUGACCUUUAUACUGCCCGUAACCCUCACUCAGGCAAAAAGACUGAGAUUAUGACUGUCACAUGACUGUGGUGAUGCUUGAACAGCAUCUAUCAGCAUCCAGAGACAAAUUCUCUCUCAUAUCUGACAUUGUUUUGCUGCAUUUUUUUAAAAUCAGUAUUUGCAUUCAGUGUCGCAAUGUUACUCUUUGACCAUUAUUGUCUGAGAGAAUGAUAGACUGAGAAGACACCCUCCACCAGUUUUUGAUAAAAUGAACUAAAUGAGGUUAACUGAACCCACACCUACCCUCCCACCCCCAUUCCUCCCUACAUCCCUCCCCCCUACAGGCACACACCUGCUAUUUAAGCAGUUUGGCUGCUGGAACACUGUUGAUAAAUGUACCUCAUAAAAGUUUUAAACAGUGGAUGCAGUAAAACUCCAGUCUAGUCUGCCUGUUAGAACUCAGGUGAUACUGUCUGAAGCUAAAGUUAUUUUUUAUUUUUAAAUUCAUGUACAUAUUUCAUUUCUGUAAAUAUAAGGCUGUAGAUAAGUUAAGAAAGAAACUUUAUGCGACUCUUAACCACUAUUAUCACAGGUAUUGUACUUGUAUCUUUCUAUCUAUCUUUGUAUCUCGAAAUGAUUUAACAGGACUUGUGGUCUGAUGUUAUUUGAAUAAAAUGAAAUGUCAAUAAAUGUACACUCUGUGCUAACGAAUAAA